UCUUGUGACAAUGUCUGUAGACAGAAGCCUGGAGGACUUUUUGAAAGAUGUUGAUGAAAUCACUGAGAUUGUACAAAGUCUAAAUUCUGAAGACACAGCUUGUCGUGAGAAGGCAUUCUUAAAAGCAGACAAAAAAAUUGCUUUGUUGAAGGACAAUGAAGAUAUGGAUGGGACAAAAACUAAACUAAACAGAACCGUCAUCAAUUCAUCUCCUAAUAAUGAUUUUUCACAGCCUAACUCUGGAAUAUGUCAAGAAAGCUUUCUCGAAGUGCUGGAAAAAGAUGCAAAAGAACGAGCAGAAAAGCGAAAGGAGAACACCGCUUUGGCAAAUGCACUGAAAGGUCUAGGGAAUGAGGCAUUUGCACAAGGUGACUACGAGACUGCAGUGACACGCUACACCGAAGGGCUGGAUAAACUGAAAGACAUGCAGGUCUUAUACACCAACAGGGCUCAGGCAUACAUAAAAUUAAAGAAAUACAAAGAAGGGAUAAGAGAUUGUGAAUGGGCAUUAAAGUGUAACGACAAAUGCACCAAAGCCUACAUACACAUGGGAAGAGCUUAUUUGGGACUUAAAGAAUACGAGGAGGCUAGAAAAAGUUAUUUGAAGGCCAUGCAAAUUGACUGUAGCCUAGAGAACCUAGUGAAAGGUUACCUUAAUCAAGCGGACUCCCAGGAGAGAAAAGAUAGCCAAGAGCAAAAUGCCCUGGAGGAGUUUAAGGCUGGGAAGGAAAAUGCUCUAACUGUAACUCAUCUUCUCCAGAAACUCUCCAAAGAAGAUCAGAUUCCCUUAUAUUAUUCUGGAGGCAUCAAGCUUCUUGUGGAAGUAGUUAAGGAUUGUACAGGACAAACAUUAUUCCGGACCAACAAUGGAUUCCGUAUUAUUGGCGACAACAAAGUGAUAAACCGGAGCCUUGUGACAGCACCAACAGAUCACUUACAUCUAGAUCUUUGUAUGUCUGUCCUCGCCCUUUGGCAGACAGUUUGCAGAAGAAAUGAGGAGAACCAGUACUUAUUGGUGACCCACAAAGACAUGAGUACCCACAUCCAUGCACUACUUUCCUCAGAGGUUCCAGAUGUCCAAAGAGAAACACUCAGCCUGAUGAAUAUUUGUUCAUCAACAGAAGGAGGAAAGGCUCUACUUCUAAAAAAUGUGGACCCACCAAGGUUGCUGCAAAGCCUCCUAGAAUUCGCACUAUUAAUGGAUGGCAGAGCAAGUGAUGCCAUGAAUUUACUGCAUGCAAUAACACUACAAAAAAGCUCAAAAAUCCAUUUCAGGACCAACUUUUCUUCUGCAUCAUUGCCCCGUAUCACUGCUUUAUUGCGGAAGGUAAAUCUGGCCAAUAAGGCAGUGUUCCCCCAGUGUAUAAGCAUGCUAGGAAACCUGAUUGAAGACGAAGAUAUAAGAAGGCAGAUGGCUGCAUCUCUAGACAGCUGGGAUUCCUGCUUGCUCAUUUUGGAUGAGUGCAUUAUGCACGGUGAUGAAGCAGAGUACAGAGACAUUUUGUCUGCAGUGCUUGGCCUCAUGUUGAACCUGUCUUUGGAACUGAAUUCAGCCACCCAGGAUCGUGGCAUGGAUAUAAGCUGUAGAUGUUUAACCCUUUUAAACAGCGAUGAUGGCAUUGUCCUUACAAGAUGCGUGGGCAUUCUAAGCAGGGUUCUCCCCCAAUGUACAGCAGCGGUGGAGGAAGUCGUUCGCAAAGGACUUGUUAAGAAGUUGGUGAAGUUGUUGAAGGCAGGUGGGCCAAGAACAUCACUUUAUGCUGUGAAGGCUCUUGCUGUGUGCACCAAACAAAAUGUCCAAGCUCGGAAUGAUGUGAUCAAGUGUGAUAAAAAAUUUCACACUUUACUGAACCUAUUGAGUUCUACUGAUGAGAUAAUUGUCGGCAAUGCUGCUCUCUGCUUGGGAUACUGUUUUGAAGUUCCAGGAGCAGCUUCCUCGUUGCUACAGUCUGAUGUCCUGAAACGUCUGCUGACCCACGCUGGCGGGGACACUAAGAGGACUGCGGUACAGCAGAAUGCGGCCAUAGCCCUGGGGAGACUGUGCACUGCAGAACCAAGAUAUAUGAGUCAACUUCGUGAACUUCAUGGAAUUGAAAUUCUAAAUUCCUGCAUGAAAUACAUAAACUAAGCAUGACUCCAUUUUUGUUCUACCACAAAAGUAUUAAUUGUUCUCAAGGAUGAUGAAGAAUACUCAACCCAAACAUGAACAUUUUACCUUCC